GCGGCUAUGUGGCGCCGGUUCGCUAGCCAAUCAGAGCUUGCGGACCGGCAGCCAAUCAGGUUCUGGCUCUGAUUGGCUAACGCAGCUGGAGACCGGACAGACGCAGCGGUGCUGGCAGCGGCGGUGAGGACAUUGAGGGGAGGGAGAGACGCUGCGCUCUCCUCCCCUCACAUAACGGAGUGACGGGGGCGAGUGGGGCAUGAUGCCCUGGCUGCCGCCGGCGCCCCCCUCUGCUAGGCCUGCCAAGGCGCCCAGGCACGUGCCCCACUCGCCCUACCCUAGUUACGCCUCUGCACUAUACACAGUAUUUCUCUAUAAUAUAGUUUGUGUGUGUAUGAUGAGCCCUAUAUGAAGCGGUUUGCGGUCAAGAUGCCGGCUGUCGGGAUCCCGGCAGUGGAAAUACUGUCGCCGGAAUCCCGACACCAGUUGGAAUCCCGAUGCUGGAAAUCUGAAAGGGGCAGGAGACCGACACCGGAAUCCCAACCGAAAAUGUGUGAAGUUGAGCUCAACACACGUUUGUAUGUAAAGAUGAUUUUACAUGCGGCACGCUAUCCACAAUGUACAGUGAGUGGGGUACUUCUGGGACGCAGGACAGCGGACUGCCUUACGUUGUGUGACUGUGUCCCUAUCUGUCACCUACACCUGCCGCUUGCGCUCAGUCUAGAAGUGGCUCUAACACAGAUAGACUCUUGGAGCGCUCUUCAAGAACUGGUUAUUGCUGGUUUUUACCAAGUGAACUCUGGCCUUAGAGAUACCAGCAUCAGUUCUGCUGCUCUCAGGUCAGCUUCACUGAUUGCGGAAUACCAGGAGGAUGCAGUGCUAAUACUGAUGAAUAAUGAGCGUCUAUCACCCAGUCCUGGGGUCCCUCCGCUCACAGUUUUACAUCAGAACAGCAGCAAGCAGUGGGUUCCUAAAGACAAAACUUUAGUGAUGUGGGGUCACUGGGAAGAGACCCAACGAAUUACAAAACAACUAAUUCAAGCUAAAGCAUAUCAACAACUGAUUGACUUUGACAGCCAUCUUGAUGAUAUCAGAGCUGACUGGACCAAUGAAAAGCUGAAUGUUGAAAUAGCACAACUAGCUACAGCAGCCAAUGGCAGCAAAUGAACUCUGGGAAUAAUUUAAGUGAGUAGAGGCCUGACUCUGCUUGUCUUUCUUAUGGUAUCUCAUAGUUGUAUGUAUACAGCCUGUCUUUGUGUAGCAACUGUAUAGUUAUACCAGGUACAGCUAUACUAGUAUAUACUGUGUUAUUUAUGUAAAAAUCUUAGACCCAAUGGACUUUAGCUGAUCCCUGUAGUUCAUGUAAAAAUUCAUUAGUUUGAAGAUCAUUAAUGUUUAUUGUACUUCAAGUGCCUCCUUAGCUUGGAAUCAAAAGUUACAGUAGAGAAAAUGCACAUGUACAGUACAUCCUGUUCAAAGUAUCGCAAAAAGCAUGGCACAAAUCUAUUGCCAAAAAGAAAAAC